AGCCCGCAAAAAAAAACGUGUCUUUUCGUAACGGACAAUUUUUGCGUAAAAAAGAGAGGAUUUUGAUUUGAAAAAUGUCGGUUAGCGACAGAACCUUUAAGGUGGAUUUCUCGCAAAUCCCAAGAAAGCCCACACGCACGGAAAUUUUUAGCUUCCUUACGGACAAGCUAAGCCUAAAACCGGAAAAGCUGGAAAUGGUACAAUUCCUGAACCUUUCCACAUCUGUGGUGGUGGAGAUGAAAGAGGAGGGCGAUGCUCUCUUAAUAGUGGAGGUGCAUGAUAGAAAGCACACCAUCACGUGUAACGGUCGGGAUCACGCGAUCCCAAUCACAAUGGAGGACGACACCAAAGUCGUAACCAUACAGGAGGUAUCCGCCAAGGUGACUAACGCGGAUAUUAUAUCAGCUUUGGAGGCCUUCGGGGAGGUGAAGGGGGCAAAGGACCUCCUCUGGGAGGAGCCUACGCCUUUUCCAGGCGUAAGAAACGGCAACAGAGCGGUGAAAAUGUUAAUUAACAGGCCCAUUCCAUCAUACAUCACCAUAAAGGGUGAGCGGGGUAGGAUCACAUACCGCGGGCAGGAACAAACCUGCAUGUACUGCGAUCAAAUGGUCCAUUACGGUGUUUCCUGCACACAAAACAGGAAAAAUAACAGCCAAAAGGCUUCAGGUGUCAACCAGCGCCUAUACUCGGCAAUAGUACAGGGCAACCACACUACGGCCAAAGAGGGCUCAACAGAAAAAGUGGUAACCACAAAAAGUGUCCCCACCCAGCCCCUAGGACCCCGAUUCAAGACUUCAAAGACACCAUUACGCAAAUAAUACACAAUACAAACAACAGGAAAUGCCUAAUAGCCGCAGACCUCAACUCGCAUCACACCUCAUGGGGAAACCCUUGGAGCGACAAUAAAGGUACGUUUAUAAUUAACGAAAUAGACAAUACUCAACUAACAAUUUUGCACAACAAAGAACCUACAUACAUCCCCACAGACUUAAACAAAAGAAAUACAGCAAUAGACUUAACAUUCGUAACAGAAAACAUAACCGAUAAAUGCACAAGGGUAGUACUAGAUCACCACAUGGGAGCCACCAAUCACAAAACAAUUAUCACAACUAUAGAAACAAUCAAUCACAAACAAGCCCGACUAAUAACAAACAGGAAAAAACUUUACCAUGAAUUAAAACAAAUGGAAAUAGAGGAACACACCUCAGUGAAACAAAUUUUCCAGAAAAUAGACACAAUAGUAAAAGGAAACACCUCUAAAUCAAAAAAACCACUAAAAAUCUGGUGGAAUAGAGAAACGGAAAAAGCUUGGAAGGAAAAAAACAAAAGUAGACAAAUUUUCAAUAGAAACAAAACAAUAGAGAACGAAAUUGAAUUCAAGAAAAAUCUAGCUAAAUUCAGACUAAUUAAAAGAAAACACAAAAUCCAAAAAUAUGAAGAGAAACUUAGCGAGAUAAACAAUUACACUAACACCACAGAAUUAUGGAGAUUUAUAGGAAAAAUCGAAGGCAAAAAAACAAACACAAAAGAUGAAAAUCUCAUCCACAACAACAAAGAGGAAGCAAAAACAUUUUUAGAAGAAAAUUUUCAAAAAAAUAAGAAAGGGAACAAAAAACCUUAUCAAUAUGCUAGGCCAUUAAACAAUAUCAUGGACGAAGAAAGAUGGCAUAACAUUCUAAAAAAAAAGAAAAAUACAGCCCCAGGGCCUGACAAAAUCUCCUACGAAAUUCUGAAAAAUAUAAAUAGACCAUCGGUCAGUAAAAUAGUAAAGGAGAUAAAUAACAUGUGGGAAAAAGGAAAUUUAAAAAAGCAAUACAAACACAUAGAAAUAGUGGCGAUACCCAAACCAGGGGCUGAUAGAAACAACGCUAAAAACUAUAGGCCCAUAGCUAUGAUUCCGGCUAUCACUAAAAUCAUAAAUUCAGCAGUAUUAGAAGACCUCAACAGACACUGUCACAACAACAACAUUAUACCAACAACUUCUUUUGGCUUCAAAAAAAACUGUACCACAAACCAAUGCGUCAACUAUUUAGUGAAUGAAAUUACAUCCAACAAAAGAAAAAACUGGUUAACUGGAAUAAUGUUUAUAGAUUUAAAAAGCGCGUACAACAACGUACACACAGACUCGCUCAUACAAAUUUUGGAGCAAAACCAGAUUCCGAUAGAAAUCAUUAGAUGGGUAGGAAGUUUCUUAAACAACAGAACGAUAGAAAUAAAAUCAGAAGGAGAAAAGCUAAAAAAAUUAGUGUCAGACGGUUUACCACAAGGGGAUGUCCUCUCACCCACCUUAUUUAACAUCUACACCAAAAAAAUCCACGAAACACUCAACAAUAGCGACGGAAAAGUUUUACAGUAUGCGGACGAUUUCGUAAUCAUUCAAAAAGGGAAAACAGCCACAGAACUGGAAUAUAAGAUGCAAACAGCGAUCAAUAGUUUUUCAAAUACAAUCCAGGAACUAAAGCUUCCAAUUAACAUAGACAAAACAAAAUUUAUGAUCUUCAGCAAGAAACCCCAAAACAUCACUAUACAAAUAAGAAACCAGCGAAUAGAAAAAGUUACAGUUUACAAAUAUCUCGGAGUGUGGAUUGAUGGCAACCUAUUUUUCAAAAAACAUGUAGAAGAACUCAAGGAUAAAGCUAGAAAAAGAUUACAGUUAGUGAGAAGGAUAUGUAACACCAAAAACAACCUCAGCCCUACGAAAACCAUUACUGUACACAGAGCCAUUAUAAGGAACAUUUUGGAAACUGGCUCCCUGUACACUCUAAAUGCAAAAAAAAACUUACUAAACUCAAUGAAUUCAAUUACAAACCAGUCACUCAGAAAAGUAACGGGUUGCUCUAAAACAACCCCUAUUAACACGCUAAUGGCGAUUGCAGCCGAAACCCCACCACACAUUAGAGCAAGUUAUAUAGCCAAAAAGGACAUGGUCAAAACAUUAAUAUACUCUCCGAUCCAUAGGGACCAAAUGAGAAGAACCAUGAGAGAAAACUCAAGAACCAGAUCAAGAAACAAAUCAUACAUGGAGAAUUUAUUCCAGAACAAUCUGAAUAUUUUUGAAGAAACAGCAAGAAUCAAAACAAAUAACAUCAAUGGAAGCACAAAAAUUCGCUGUGAAAUCGAACCCAACAUAUCAAAAAACUCUACAGCAGGGAAAGUAUACCUCAAACAAUUUUGCGAACAGGAAAUAAAAAAGCUAGGAACAACGAACACUCUAAUUUUCACUGACGGGAGCAAGAGCGAUGAGGGAUGCGGAAUCGGAAUAUACAUAAGACCUC